AUGAGGAAGAAGGUGGACGAACGUAUUAGGACUUUGAUUGAAAACGGUGUUAAACUCAGACACCGUUCCAUGUUUGUCAUCGUCGGUGACAAGUCUCGUGACCAGAUUGUUAAUCUUCAUCACAUUUUGUCAAAAUCGGUGACCAAGUCUAACACAAGUGUGCUAUGGUGCUACAAGAACAGACUCGACAUUAGCAGUCACAAUAAAAAACGUUCGAAGCAGUUGAAGAAGAUGAAGGAGAGAGGACAAUUAGAUCCUGAGAAACUUGACGCUUUCUCUCUUUUCCUUGAUGUUGGGGAAGUAACACAUUGCAUGUACAAAGAUUCUGAAAAAAUUCUCGGGAAUACCUUUGGCAUGUGCAUCCUACAGGAUUUUGAAGCUCUAACCCCAAAUCUACUUGCACGGACAAUAGAGACCGUGGAAGGGGGUGGGCUAGUUGUAUUAUUAUUGCAAUCUCUUGCUUCACUUACUAGCCUAUGCACCAUGGUUAUGGAUGUGCAUGAUAGAUUUCGAACUGAGUCACACUCUGAAACUUCCGGACGUUUCAAUGAACGUUUUCUGUUAUCACUAGCGUCUUGCAAAUCAUGCGUUGUCAUGGAUGAUGAGUUGAAUAUAUUGCCGCUUUCGUCUCAUAUCAGAUCUAUCACUCAAGUUCCAACAAAGGAGGACCCGGAGGGACUAUCUGAGGCAGAACAAGACCUAAAGAGUUUGAAAGAUGCACUAAACGAUGAGUUUCCUGUUGGUCCUUUGAUUAACCAAUGUUGUACAUUGGAUCAGGGUAAAGCUGUUGUCACAUUUUUUGAUGUGAUAUUGGAUAAGACCCUCCGGAGCAUAGUUGCUCUGAUUGCUAGUCGAGGGCGUGGAAAAUCUGCUGCUCUUGGUCUAGCUGUUGCCGGGGCUGUCGCUGCUGGGUACUCUAAUAUUUACGUAACAGCACCAAGCCCUGAUAACUUGAAAACAUUGUUCGAGUUUGUUUGCAAAGGUUUUGAUGCUCUUGAAUAUAAGGAACAUCUUGAAUAUGAUGUUGUCAGAAGUGUUAAUCCUGACUUCAAGAAAGCAAUCGUACGGAUAAAUAUCUUCAAGCAGCACAGACAAACUAUCCAGUAUAUACAACCGCAUGAACACGAGAAGCUCUCACAAGUGGAGCUGUUGGUUAUUGAUGAAGCAGCAGCUAUUCCUUUGCCAGUUGUGAAGUCUCUACUUGGCCCUUACCUAGUUUUCUUAUCAUCUACUGUCAGUGGCUAUGAAGGUACUGGUAGAUCUUUGUCCCUGAAACUCCUCCAACAGUUAGAAGAGCAAAGCCGAUCCCCUGCUACUGGUGUUGAAGGCUCUCUUUCUGGUUGCCUUUUUAAGAAGAUAGAACUUAAUGAGUCUAUUAGAUACGCUUCUGGAGAUCCAAUUGAAUCCUGGCUCAACGGUUUACUAUGCCUUGAUGUUGCUAAUUAUCUCCCAAAUCCUGCCUGCCAUCCUCUGCCAAGCCAGUGUGAUCUCUACUAUGUCAACCGAGACACGCUAUUUUCUUAUCACAAAGACAGUGAAUUGUUUUUACAGCGAAUGAUGGCACUUUGUGUCUCUUCUCACUACAAGAAUUCUCCUAAUGAUCUUCAGUUGCUGGCAGAUGCUCCUGCUCAUCAUUUGUUUGUGCUUCUCGGUCCUGUUGAUGAAUCCAAAAACCAGCUUCCUGAUAUACUAUGUGUUGUCCAGGUCUGUCUCGAAGGACAGAUAUCUCACAAAUCAGCCGUCAGAAGUUUAAGAGAUGGUCAUUCACCACAUGGAGAUCAAAUACCAUGGAAGUUCUGUGAACAGUUCCGGGACCUUGUUUUUCCAACUUAUUCGGGUGCUCGUAUAGUACGCAUAGCAGUCCACCCCAACGCCAUGAGGAUGGGAUAUGGGUCUGCUGCGGUUGAACUAUUGACCAGAUACUUUGAGGGCCAGCUAGCUUCAAUAUCAGAAGGCGACGAUGAACUCGAGGUGGAGGCUUCACCGGUUAGAGUUACCGAAGCUGCUAAAAAGGCUUCUUUGCUUGAGGAACAAAUAAAGCCUCGUGCCAAUCUUCCACCUUUGCUAGUUCCUCUUCGUGAUCGACGACCUGAGAGACUCCACUACCUCGGUGUCUCUUUUGGGCUUACUUUGGACCUUUUCCGUUUCUGGAGGAAACAUAAAUUUGCUCCAUUCUAUAUCAGUCAGAUACCAAGUGCUGUGACUGGUGAGCACACAUGUAUGCUUCUGAAACCUUUAAACAACGACGAGUCCGAAGUUAGCGAGUCAAAUGAAUUGGGCUUCUUUGCUCCCUUCUAUAAAGAUUUCAGAAUAAGGUUCUCUAAGCUGUUGAGCGAUAAAUUCAAGAAGAUGGAUUAUAAACUUGCAAUGAGUGUCUUAAACCCUAAGAUCAACUUUCCAGAGGUAGAUUCUUCGGGAAAUUCACCUGAUGGAUUUUUGAGGAAGCUCAACGGAAUUUUCUCCCCUUAUGAUAUGGAGAGGCUCAGAGCAUACACUGACAAUCUUGUUGACUUCAAUCUGAUUUAUGACCUCUGCAAAACUCUAGCACAUUACUAUUUUCAAGAGAGGAUUCCUGUCUCGCUGUCGUAUGUUCAAGCAUCUGUACUUCUAUGUUUGGGCUUGCAGGAGUUGGAAUUCUCUAGCAUCGAGAGACAAAUGCAGUUAGAGAGGGGGCAAAUAUACUCUCUUCUAUUAAAGGUUGGAAAGAAGUUAUACAAAUAUUUGAAUGGUAUUGCAACCAAAGAGAUCACAGCCACCUUACCUCGUCUGAAAGAAAGAGUGCUUGAACCUCACAAUGUAUCGGUAGACGAAGAUCUCAGGGAAGGAGCAAAAGAAGUCGAGGAACAAAUGAGAGCAAAGGUGGAAGAAUUGUUGGAUCCGGAGCUGCUUGAACAAUUUGCUAUUGGGGGCAAAGAAGCUGAAGCUUUGCAAAAGUCUAAGAUCUCUUCAAGUGGUAUUAUCAGUAUUGAGUCCACCAAAUCUGAUAUCAAAGUAAAGCCAUGUGGUUUUGACAAAUCCAGCAAAAAGAGGGGCAAUGAUAAGCAAUCCUCCAAAUCCAACAAGAAGAGAAGAAACUAA